AUGGGUGCCAACAGAACUGAAAAGGAGCAAUACUUCAACCGUCUCCAAGAAUUGGUUGAGACCUACCCUUCAAUUUUCAUUGUCAACAUUGACAAUGUUUCCUCAAACCAAAUGCACCAAAUUCGUCAAGCUUUGAGAGGCAAAGGUCAAGUUUUGAUGGGUAAGAACACCAUGGUUAGAAGAGCAUUGAAGAUCUUCAUCCAAUCAAACCCACAAUUCGAACGUCUCUUGGCUCACGUUAAGGGUAACAUCGGUUUCGUCUUCACCUCAGGUGACUUGAAGGACAUCAGAGACAUCAUCGUCGCUAACAAGGUCAAGGCACCAGCAAGAGCUGGUUUGUACUCACCAGAGGAUGUCUACAUUCCAGCUGGUAACACCGGUAUGGAACCAGGUAAGACUUCCUUCUUCCAAGCCCUUGGUGUUCCAACCAAGAUUGCUCGUGGUACCAUUGAAAUCGUCAGUGACAUCAGAGUUGUUGAAGCAAACACCCGUGUUGGUGCAUCUGAAGCUACCCUUCUUAACAUGCUUAACAUCUCUCCAUUCACUUUCGGUAUGACUUGUGUUCAAGUCUACGACAAUGGUCAAAUCUUCUCACCAAGCGUUCUCGACGUUUCUGAGGAGACUCUCGUUGGUAGAUUGUUGACUGCUGGUAACCAAAUUGCUGCUAUCUCUUUGGCUAUCAACUACCCAACAUUGCCAUCAGUUAUGCACUCAUUCGUCAACUCAUUCAAGAACGUUCUCGCUGUUUCUAUCUCAACCGACUACACUUUCGAGUACUCUGAGAAGAUUAAGGACAUGAUCGCCAACCCAGAUGCUUACGCUGCCGCAGCACCAGCAGCAGCAGCAGCAUCAGGUGGUGAAGCUGCCCCAGCUGCUGAGGAGAAGAAGGAAGAAGAGGAAGAUGAAGAUGAGGACAUGGGUCUCGGUCUCUUCGACUAA